CUGCAGUGCGCGCGCAACGGAAAUAGGAAUAGCAUUCGCUUCACACAAGACGAAAUCUCCCUUGAAUUGAUGAUAUGGCUACACAGAUUUCAACUAUAAACGGCGAUAAUAGCACACGAUCGGCAUCAAAAAUGAGCGGCGUUGGCGAUGAAGGGUAAGGAAGGCUUUGAUCUUGUUUCCCAGCAAGUUUGAAACGGUUUUAUCGAAUAUAACUAGUUUAUUUUUAGUACUUUUACUUCGUCACAAAUAUAUGACAUGGCUCGCCAGUGUCUCUAUUAAAUGUUGAAAAUUUUCCAUGGAUUCCUACAAAAUCUGGCAUGUUUACAGCCUAGAUUAAUACUUGAUUUAAAGUUUAAUACUCACAGCCUAUAGAUUAAUCCCUAAAUACUAUUUUUAGUGAGUAUUUUUUACAAAAUUUUCGCUUUAUUUUUGGCAGGAAGUUAUUCGUUGGCGCGCUGAGCAGGGAAACGACAGUCGGUAUGUAAUUUUGAAAAUAGAUUUGAAACCGUUUCUGUUUUCCUUUAUAAACUUGAUGAUUUAAACCUUUCGUUCUGGUGUUGCUUAACUAGCAAAGCUAUCCCCGUUCUGGCUAUAUUUAGACACAAAUAAUAGUCAAGAAAAUUCAAGUUUCACACUUGAUUCACAAGUUCCAUUGUGAUUUUCUAGAGUCGCUACAGCAGUACUUUUCAAUCUAUGGAGAGGUCGUCGAUUGUAACGUUAAAAUAGAUCAAAUAACGAAACGUUCAAGGUAUAAAUUCAGUUCUAUCGAUUUUUGGUUUAAUUUGUUGUUUAUGAUGAAAUAUUUUGACGUUUUCCACGAAAAAGCGGUUUGAUGUUGACAGUUCUUAGAACACGUGAUUGGCAAACACUUUCGAUUUGCCCUUGAACUUUGCAUUGAAUUUUUAGAAUUCUAAUUUUUCAACUUCUUUUGCUAAAUUCGCGUAAACUAACCAAUCUGUAAACGCAGGAAUGUUAAAAUACAGCAAGAUCAGUUUUGGCCAGCUAGAUUUCAAUAUUUUGAGGGGUUUUACUUUGCUGUAAUGCGAUGUGUGAGGCUGACACAGCAUGGAAUGAACUUCCUGAUAUAGCUAAUAUGUUUAUGGAAUGUGUGAUUGGAAUGUUUAUAAGACCCUCACUUUACCAAGUAACCAAGAUAAAUUUAAACCGUACAUGGAAGCAAGUCGGCCGCUGUAUUCGAGAUGAAUUCAAUCUGUGUUUGCAUAAUACUGGACAAGCAGCUCUGUCUCCAAACAAGACACCUGACCUGGGCUGACCAGUAUAAAGCUCUGAUCAAACAUAGGACAACCUUGUCCUUGCGUAGGCCAACCUUGGUUAGCUACUAAAACACCGCACAUUUUUUGCGCACAGUGAAGUAUCUGUGGUUAGUAAUGCAGUGGCAUUGAAAAUGUCUAUUUUUGAAGAUACUGUAUUUACUUUUUAAUAAGCGCCGCUGCAUUCUUUAAAUUUUUAGUUUUGCAGAUGUGGCACUCUUUACAAAAGAUUUUAAUUGUAAACAAUAACAAGAAACAUUAGCAACAAAAAUAUCACGUAAAGGGGGGAAAAUGUGUUCCGGGUGUCGGUGCUUUGAUUGUGAAUAAGUUCGGCUUGUUCUUUAAUAAUUUUGCUCUUGUAUGUGGCACAAGUAAAUACAGUAAUAAUUGAUUAUUUUUAUUCUAGAGGGUUUGGUUUUGUUCAGUUUAAAGAAGCAAGCUCUGCUCAAAGGGUAAAGUUUUACUGAAUAAACUCUAUGGUCAACUUGAAAUUGGAUUUCAUUCCUACUUGAUUUAGACUAGAAUUUUUACAUUCUGAAUGUUUCUGUAGGUGUUAAAAGAGGGACCACAUGUUAUAGAUGGCAAGAAGGUAGCUAUUUAUAAAUCACCUAAUGGGUCUGCAAAUUAAGAAUUUUUCCUGGCCUACAAUUAUUUUUAAAAAUUGUAAGCCAUGCUAGGUUUGACCGACAUAUUUCAAUUUUGAAAUUGUAGGCCACUCAUUUUUUGCUGCACAAAACUGUUUUUUGGCAUGAGUUGUCAUUUGUGGGCUGUUAAUUCACACCAUGACAUCAGAAACAAUCCUCAACUCCACCUUAGAGGAAAUGAAAAAUUAAUUGUAAUAUUGAGAGAGAUUACAAUUACCUGAAAUGUUUCAAUAAGCAGAAGGGCCCUUCAGUUUCCGAUGAACGGCCUUUGCUCGAAACAUCGAAGUUCUGCUUGUAUCUCUCGGGUAGCUGUAUUCCUUGCAAAUCCACAGUUAUUAUUACACUGGCCGCAGCCAGUGUCACUGAAUGCCCUUGCUUUUUUCAGGGGGGGGGGGGUUGUUGUCGCAAGUAAGAUUGGGGUUAGGACCUAUUCUACACAAUGUUAAUCAGAACGAAUUUCGUAUUUAACUAUGUUACAAAUCUUAGACGCUGUAAUUAUGCAACAUAUUUUAUUAUAUUUCAUUGCGCAUGCGCUUGAACUUUCUGUGUUUUUCGAUAAGAUAUCGCUGAACUCUAUUGGUUUUGUAUGGUUUUUAUUGUGCUGUACUCUGAAUGUUUGUGAUCAUGAAGUGACGGCCGUCAAGAAGUGAAGAACAUCUACAUAUUUCAAAUUAUUUUUUAGAAUAUUGCGAUGGUAUUUCACCAACCGCGGGGCCAUUGUGAACACCUGAGCAGGCGUCUUGUUAUCUUUAUGUACCCUCGCACAGAUUGUUCAAAUACUUAAUCUCGCUGCAUCUUUUGUAUAUUCUAGAACUUUUCCCCUCCCUUUCGGACAGUACAAUUUUUCCUAAAGUAUUCUGGAACAUGAUUGAGUCAUGAAUUAACUUGUUUCAAUCAAUGUUUAUUCAGGUUGAUCCAAAGAAAGCCGCACCCCAGGGAAAGGUAAGAAACUGCGUUGAAAGUCUGCAAGAUUAUGUGGUUUGGUUUAUGUGUUUAUAUAGAUUUUGAAGUUCACCAUGUUUUGAUUUGAUAUAGCCACACAAUAGUACAAGGACAAAGAAAAUUUUUGUUGGUGGACUCAAGCCUGACACACCUGAUGAAAUUGUCAGAAACUACUUCUCUCAGUAUGGUGCAGUAAGUAACAUUAAGCCUCGUACAGAUGAUCAUUUUCCUUGACUAGUCUUUAAGUAAGUCUUUCGUUACCUAGACUUGACUUCACUUUAUCCAUGAUAUUGUUAGGUUGUCGAUAUUGACCUUGUGAAAGAAAAGGAAACCAAUCGAAGACGAGGUUUUUGUUUUGUUGAGUUUGACAGUGAAGAUGUUGUUGAUCUUGUGAUGCAGAAACAAUAUCAUGAUCUUGCUCAAGGAAUCAAGGUGACUCAUUCAAUAUUAAAUACAUCUAACUGAAUAACAUGCGUGUUGCCACCCAGUAUUUGCCAUUUUUGUGCGACUGUCUCGGCUAUAAAAUAUUGGUCGGAGAACCGUCUGACAAAAUGUUCAAUGACUUUGAGUUUGGGUCAGACAUAUGUAUUGUGAUGUCCAAUGACUUUGAGUUCAGUUUGGCUUGGAAAUAUGUAUGAAUGCAGACACAAAUUAAUAUCAGCACAAUUUGGAAAAAUCAAAGAUCUUGACAAUGAAUUUCUGAAACCCAUGGUGAAAACUUCAUCUGUUUGCUUUUAGGUUGAAGUGAAACCAGCACUAACGAAAGAACAACAAGCCGCAAAGAAAGCGCAUGAGAUGGGAGGUUUUCGAGGCCUUGGUCGUGGCAUGGUUGGUGCAUCGUUUGGUUACGGCGUUCCUGCGGCCAGCUAUGGUCAAUAUCAGACACCAACCGUACUUUACCAGACGGCGGAUCCUUCAGCUGCUGGCCCAGCGUACUCCAUAGGCUAUCCUCCAGGUUAUUCCCAACCUGGUGCCGUUGCCGCCUCGCCCUAUGCCGGUGUUCCAGGCUAUGACGUACAGCCCGCACAAAGCUUUGCAACCGUGAGAUACCCAGGUGAGUGCAAUUUCUGAGAGGUUUUUUCAAUCUUAUACUAAUAAUAUAUACAUAUGCUAAUUCUUUUGUACAGUGAGCCUAUCAUUUACAUAGUAUCUAAUAAUAGAAAGUAUAAACCAAAUUCAAAACACUGGAGAAAAUAUCAUUUUCUAAAGCCAAAUUUACACUAUCAAAGUUUCUGUGAUCACAGUAGGAAUUUUGCCUAGGUAAAUUCUAAAUUUUGAAGGAUUUGUAAGAAAUGUUUGAAGAAACUGACUCUGUGUUUUAAAAACACUCAGUAAGUUCCCUCAAACAUUUCUUACAAAUCCUUCAAAACUUAGAAUUUACCUAUGCAAAAUUCCUUAUAAUAAUAUAUUUUAAUUGUAAUUUGUUUUUAUAUGUUCAAUAAGUAAUAAAGCUUAAAUGCUUGUAUAAAACUAUAUAGCUAACAUUUUCACAACUUCUUUUGUGUUUGUCAAUAAGGUAUACUAAAGGUUUACUUUUAUAUCAGACAAAAAUUCUAGCUAAAAUAUUCAUAUAUUACUGUAAUUUAUUUUCUUUUUAUAAGUUUAUUUCUAUAAGUAAUAAGCUAACUAUAAAACCAUAUAACUAACAUUUUCACAGGUAAUUUUGUCAUGAUAUAAGGUAUACUAAAAGUUUAAUUUUAUACCAGACAAGAACUCUAGCUAAAAUGUUCACGUUAAUUUAUUUUCUUAAAAGGACGUCCUCUCUACCGAGCCGGCCAUUCGUACGACCUAUACCAGUAUAAAAAAUAAUCGUAAAUAUUUAUCUAAAUAUUUAUAUGCUGUUGUCGUUACGGACAAAAAAGUUUAUAUGGAUUGAUAUUUUGUACAUAAUUUACACUUUACUCUAUCGUAAAAAAUAGAGAGCCUAAAAGGCAGUAAUGUUUUAUAAAAAAUGACUUGUAUAUAACAUAUUUAUAUUCUGCUACCUAAUUUCGUAGGAAUGACUAAAAAUAGCAUAUUCGUAAUUGUGCUUCCUAAUUUCGUAGAAAUGGACAAACUGUAGCAUAUUUCUAAUUUCCAGAAAUUUUGUGAAAUAAUUUUAGUUUCGUUUUAAGAAACACUAUGUACAUAUUAUAUAUUUCUAACAAUUUUCGAUAGCAGUAAUAUUUACUUUAAAUGGUCGUACGAGCGGUCAAUGCGGCAGUACAAUAUGCUGGUCACGUGGUGCGUGGUUGCCUGGCAACAGGGGAGUGGCCACGUGUGUACUGGUGACGUCAUGAUACGAAGGUCCGGGGGAGGGACUGCGCCCUAGACCUUUUGGUUACGUACGUGGCGAGGUAAGACCAUAUAUAAACGGAACGUAAACUUCUUUUUAAAAAACUAAUACGUAAGCAACUAGAAGUAUUUCCACGUCGAAAUGGACCUAUUCCCUAAUGAACAAAAUUUUGAUCUGGACAAGUCUAGACAAAAAUUUUAUCACAGCUUGAAAGGGCAUCACAAAAUUAUCAAUAUUUCGAAGUUUCGUUGCGAAAUGUUGUAAAAUGCGGAUAAUAUAGCCCUGCGAAGUUUGCCGUUUUUCAGUCAUUUUGUAUUACAAAUGGAAAUUGAUAAUCAGAUGAUCAAACUGAUUAUCAAUUUUCCGUGCGUAAUACAAAAUGACUGAAAAACGGUAAACUUCGCAGGGCGAUAUUAUCCGCAUUUUACAACAUUUCGCAACGAAACUUCAAAAUAUUGUGAAGUGAUGCUCUUUCAUGCUGUGAUAAAUUUUUUGUCUAGACUUGUCUAGAUCAAAAUUUUGUUCAUUAGGGAAUAGGUCCAUUCUAGUUCUGUUGUAUUAGUUUGUGGUUAUACCAUGAUUGCGACAAGAAGGUUUUCCUUCCACUGUAGACAUAAUAGACUUCAUUAUCUAUGUUUUUGUCUUGAUUUAUGCAAGAAAUGGUCAAUUCAUCGUCACGUGUGUAUUGUUGUUUCGCCCAACCAACCAAUACCAGUGUGUUGGUUUAAUUACCCAGUCGUGAUAUUACACAAUGGUUAAAUGAGAACAUAGCUAUUGGUUGUGCUGGCCAGGUAUAGUUCAGGUCUGACUGGUGAUCAUGGUAUAACCUAUAAAAGAUCUAAAGACUAAAAAUAAUCUUAUGGUCAUAAAGUUAUAUGGCUGGUAAUGGUAUGCUGGCUGGUAAUGGUUAAAUAUUUACUGUGCAUGGUAUGCCAUGUUCUAGUAUUGUUAGUUUCAGUUCAACAUGGAAGCAAUGUCGUUUAUAUCUGAGCAUGAACAGUUACGGUUGAAAACCUUUUUCUUUUUGUCAACAGACCUGGAAAAAAUGGGAUCCCGAGGAACACUUGCCUUGAGGAACUUUCAAUUUUUUUUGUUCUUGAGGAACUUUCAAUUUUUUUAAUUUUUUUUUUGUUGAGGAACUUUCAAUUUUUUGUUGUUGCAUACAUAAUGACGUAAUGUCAAAUUUUUUCAUUGCUUUUACGCAUUUUCGAGGGACAUUUGAAAACGACAAAUCCAGGAACCCAUGAACAUUAAACACUUUUCCGAGGUCUGCGCGUGACAAGAUUUUUAUCUGCGACUGUUCAUGCUUAGACGCCAACGACGGUAUGUGGAAUCAGUAUUAAGACAAGCACUUCUUUUUUUUUGCGUCCUAGAAGUAGCUGGACGUGGUUAUGGUGUCGGGAAUCCUGGCGCUAAUGCAAGAUACCAUCCUUACGCACGGUAGAAGACACCCGGGGGUCAUCAUGGGAUCAUUCUGGUACUUUUUAUGGGACACACGUGAACAUCAUGUGAUCACAUUCUGUGUGCAUGCCUCUUUGCACCUGACAAACAUGCACAAUCAAUGCAAACAUUUUAAUUAUUUCAUAACAAUGGAACGUAGCGCGGGUCUUGAAAAGACCACACAAGAAAACUAGCGUCCAUUAAUUUAUUGUUUUACUUGCUCUUGUUGUAUUUUAAUUUAAAUUUCUUCUGCAUUUUGCAGACAAACUUUCAUCUAUGUG